AUCGCCAUAGUCUGUUGCUUUCCUUAAAUAUGCCGUUAUGUCAAAAUGAGAAGAGGAUACCAUGGGACUUGGGCACUUAUCAGCAGUUUGCUGAUAGUCAACUCCUGCCCAUCUCUAUAUGUUAGUUAUGUAAGAUCUGUUAACUGUUUUGCAGGAAGUCCAUUACAACCAGCAUGGUCUACUGCUAUUGGAGGGACAGGGGAUAUAUCGUCUGGCUGACAGCUGGUAAGAGUUCAAUGAACAUGAUACUCAAGGGUCAAGAAUCGUUACUGCAGUUUAAGCAAUACCUUAGAAGGGUUUAUGUCUGCACUUAAUUUGCUCUCCCCCUUAACUCUUGGUUGUUUAUAAAAAUUGCUCUAUCUAACAAAGCUGAGUUUGCAGGUAUCCUGUCCAAGCUGGUGAUGCGAUUUGGAUGGCCCCAUUUGUGCCUCAGUGGUGAGUGCCGCAUACCUUUCUCCACUUUGUAUAGGUUGAACAGAGUAUUCCUAAUGGUACAUAACAGACAGUUAUCCACCUUUUAAUUCUUACCAGGUAUGCUGCACUUGGUAAAACUCGUUCAAGAUAUUUACUGUACAAAGAUGUAAAUAGAAAUCCAUUAUAGCUGGUCUGCAGUAAAAGACUUGUUCGUGGACUUAGGCUCUUAUUUGCAGGCUGGGAGACCAAUGGUUCUCAGCAAUUGUCAACAAGCUCCGGUAACCACUAACAUUAGGUGGAUGAUAGUGGUACCUUAUAUUGCAAUUGUCCUACUAAGGAAACAUUACUUAUUUAUCAAGCUUUGAAAUUUCGUAAUAUGCGAGCAUAUGAUUAAUCUUCUGUUCAGCCACAUUUGUGGAACACACUAGUUGAAUAGAUCUGUCCAGUUUUCUUAUAUGGAUGUGCUCUUGCUCUUUAGUGUCUUUUGUUUGAUUAAGCCUUAAAUGAUGCAGUUAUCUUGUGUACAAGUGUUCAGCUAUGUAUAAUCUUGAAUAGUGUUGUUGAUGGGAUUGGAAUUAGAUUCAGCACUUUUGUGAAGGGUAGUGAAAUCAGGGUUGUUUAAUCAAUCAACUCCUUAAAGAAAUACUUGAAUAGAUCACAUACUUUCAGAAUACCUUAUGCUACGUCUAGCUAAACUGAACCAAAUCUUAUAAAGAGGCAAACUACCUUAAUACAAUAGCUGAAAGAAAAGAACAUAAAAGAUUCCUUCCAUACAGCAGACUCGCCAAAAACCUAGGGUUGACUGGCCAAUCCUAGGUUACUUUCUCUAUGUAGAAAAAUGACAUUAGGGAAUUUGGAAUCAGUUCUGAACACUUCUAAUAACCCUUUUGAGUUAACCUUUAGAUUAUGUAUCUUUGUAGACUGAAGAAAGACUGGUGGAUGCCCUUGCCACGUGUUCUUUAGUAGGCCAACUAGGAAUAAUCUCAGUCGUGUAGCUGUACCCAUACAAAUGAGGAUGAAGUCAUGGAGAUAUGGGAAUUAAGCACCAUUUUAGCUCCACCGCCGACUCCUCCACUCCCUUCAUCUUUGCUGCUUGUCUGCUCUCCAGUUUUCCUCCUCUUCAAAUCUCUUAUAUGCAUCUUCCCUUAAUGCCCGGCUUUCCUCUGUAUGAGAUAAACACUAUCCCCUUUUCUGAAUGAGAGCAUAAGAUAUUAAUCUUUUCUCAGUAGUACAGAACUUGCUUUCCGUAAAGGUAUUGGUUGGUGGUAUCAAUAUCAUUGAAAUUCCUUUGUACAAGUGGCCCUUUUCUUUUAUAUGUGCCUUCUAACCAAUCAGCUUUCAUUUUACUGAACAAGUAGCCCAACUUGGAAGUCUUUGUACUUUAUUUCUGAUUUACUUGCUUCACUGUUUCAGUCCUCUCUAUGAGGAUUCUGUAACUGUAUACUCCACUCUCUAUUUUAUUUUCAUUGGUAGAAAAGAAGUUGAACUAAUUAUAUUAAACCCAUUAAAAAGAGCAUAAUUAAGAAGCAGGAGAUAGAGGCGCAGUGAAAGUAGCCCACUCCUUGUUUGGAGUGACCACCAAUGCCUCAAAGCUCUUAAAGGACACUCAUAUUCUCAAGGAAUGAGUUCCUUGCAUCGAGUGAGAUUAUGAAUGCUAAUCGAUGGUUUAUAGCAUCUUUCUGACUUCGUCAGAUUCACUCAUAAACAAUAAUGCUUUCUACUUUCUUUGUGUAGUAAUUUUAACAUAUUACAUUGACUUAAUCACAUACCAGUGGAGAUCGACUGUAUAGAACCUGGAAAGGUGAAAGACAGAAAUCACAUGGCUUUGAGCUUCUGGUAAGGAGAGAAGCCUGUACCAUGUUCUUAAUGUGUACACUUCAUUCACUUGUCAUACUUACAUUGCUCAACCCUGCAUUUCUAGUUAUGUUUGAUGUUAUUGCUUGAUUCCUCUCAUUUGCUCUCACUAAAGAAAACCACAGAGGGGUGUAACUUAGCUGUACCUAUUAAAAUCCCUUAAAUUAAGUUCCUGAAACAAUAAGUCAAUAAUCAAGCUAUGCAGUGUUUUAAGCCACUUGUGGCAGGAUGUGUCCAAGCCAUCCAUUAGGUACUUGUCUCUUGCUUGUCAAUUAUCCCUUAACUUUAUUGAUUGUUUGAGACCUGAUGCAUCUCAUUUGUAAUGGAACCAAUUGUAUCGUGUGUUUAUUAUUGGUUGCUGGUCAGUGGGCUAAGCACUCCCCAAGUGUCAAACAGGCACCUUCAUUUCAAUUCAUUUAUUUUCAUGGGGGCACUGGAUUUAGCUUUAGCAAACUAGAUUGGGAACUGCGAUGGUCUUAAUUAAAAUGUCAUUGGGAGCUUUUACCAGGCUUUUCUUUUUUGUUCCUUGCACUAAUCCCUGUCAUGUUGUUUAGUGGACAUCACCUGUUGCAAUGUCUUCUGAAGAGGGGAUCAGUUGGCCUAAAUUUACGCCGAAUACCUUUGAUUCUCUGAGCUUAACCACGUUAGUCAAAGUCUGUAGGGAAUAUUUGCAGCUUCUUUCCUAAAAGGAAUAGUUGCUAGUCCCUAGGGCUAUCCUUCAUUAGUUGCAAGGUUCUCUCUCCUCUCUCUAGUUAGCUUCUGUUAGGCAUGUGCUAGAUGCUUGCUUGAAAAGAUUCAACAUAUGUCUAUAAGCUAUAGUUGUAUGACUUCCCAAUCAUUUUUGCAGCUUAUUAUCAUUGACUCAACUUCAUGUAGCAGCUAUUUCCAGAACUUCCAGGGGAGUCGGCAUGUUAUAGUGGAUCCGGUGCUGAAAGGGAAAGAGAAAAGAAGGAAGGUACUCGAUUCUGCACUUGGAUGCUAAAAUCACAAGUUGAACAACACCCCACCAUCGACCAAAUCUACUGUUUAUAGGUAAGAUAUGACUGGUCUUGGGUCCGAAUCAGCUGUGCACUAAAAUUAUAUAUAUAUGGGUGGUCAUUUCUAGUAUUUUCUCUAGAUUUUUUGCAUUUAUAAAUUUGUUAUUUCCUCCAGAUUUAGUAGCUGUAUUAUGCUUUAUGGGGUUGGCGCCACCCUCAUAAAAGCAAAUUUGUUUUGGUCUGGGUUGGUUUUGGAGACAACAAUUCCUUUUCUGGAUUUACUUGUACUUCAGUGUCACGACAUGCAUAUUCAUGAUUUCACAACAUUCCUGAAAACUACUGGUCCACUUUAGACACAUCUCAUUCAUCAAAUGUGACACUGAAAAAUGUUGUCGUUUAUAUUUUUGCUUUUUUCAGCUUCUUGUCUUAACUUGCUGGGGUGACUUUUAUUAAUAGGCAAAGGGUGGUGCUUAGGAAUGGCAAUGGGUUGAGGAAGUCGGGUAUCUCAUUAAUCAAACGCGACCUUGAAACUUGAGUAUGUCAUGUUGGGUAAUUUUGCUUGGGGCAUGUGUCGAGGUAGUGUCGAUCCGAGACGUGUGUUUGAACUGUACACAAUGACAUGAUUAAUGAAGUCAAAAUAGAUGAAGGCUCGAACCUAGUUGUAGUUGUGUCUUAACAUAUAACUGAGCAGGAGUCAAAAUAGGAGAAAUACAACCAAAUAUUGGAGGUAAUCGAGAUAGAACAAGCUUGUGCAGGACUGGCCGAGUGGGAAGAAGAUCCACGCCUGCCCUACCCCAUGCUUGCGAGGUGGAUGAUUUCCGCAUAAAGCUGGUCAAGGCAGGUUGGGGUUCUGAAACAUGUCAAAAUUGCCAUCCUUGAUGGCUGAUCGUGCUUUCAUGUUUGUGGGUUUUCUUUACAUUAUAUUAUAUGUUUGUUGAUUAAUUAACUCUAGCUGAUAGUAGACCUGAAUACAUCCCAGCUCAUACAUCCUUGAUGUUGUUCAAGUCACAAAUUGCUUUGACUGGCCUAAAACUUCCUUAACGGGGUAGGCCAAAGCUGGGAUUUUCAAGCAUCAUUUUCAUGUACGUGUUGUGUUCGAUUCACUUUCAAUAGAGCAGUUUGAUAUUUGAUGAUAGAGACAUUUGGAUACCAGAAUGAUGAUGUGUGGUAUAUAUUAUAUGCAAAGGUAGAGAUAUUGAUAUCUUAUGUGUAACUUGAAGCAAACGACAAACAAGCAAGAUUUAACAUUGCAGGAUGUGACUUUAGUUUGGUUUAACAGAGAGUAAUGUCAAGAAUGGUCUGCUUUAACCCUUUUUCCAUUUUUUUUCUUCUUCUUUAGCAUAUUCUUUUGUGUCAAGCAAAUUAGACCUGAUGAUUAUUGUUGUUUAUUUUUCGCCAAUUGGAUGGAUGUGCCGAAAGGACUCGACUCACACUCUUUUGAUGCUGACUAGUCACUUGUUGUGCUUGUGGUUUAGGCCAAGAGAAAGGGUUUCAAUGGCUUGCAUAGGGAAAUCUGGUGGCUUUCCUUUUUUCUUUUGCAUCCCCUUUGAUGGCUCUUCUACUAGCCCAUGAAACAUCUCUAUGGCUUUUACUUGUUUAUUAUUCUCCCUUUUUCCUUUUGCCAUUUUCCAUGCACAAAGCAGCGCAAAUAGGCCACUUUUGAUUGGCAAUUCGAUGCGUAUGUGAUGGAUGGUAAAAUUAUUAGGACUUUUAUAAUGUCAGCGUGGAUCACGACUUUGGUAUUUUUUUUUAAUCUGGCUUGUUGGUCUCUUUCUUUUUACCCUUUUGAUGGUAAAAGUUCCUAAAAUAGUGGUCUGAGGGUAUUAGCUUUUAGAACCAUGAUGAGACCAAUUAUUUAUCAUUCACUGCUCACCUCCAAUAUAUUCUUCCUGUUUCUAGUGCCAAUGUCCCUUUCUUGUUGAUGAUGGUUAUGCUAAAAGGCAUUAAAUUUUAACAAGUAGAGCUCUGCAGGUUCAUCAAAAUUUUAUUGUCGCGAUAUUGUAGAGAAUAUAUCACUUAUGAGGAAUACCGAUAAGACAAUUCGUCUCGAAUCACCUCCACCUAUGAUGACAUCCGUGAUCAUAGUGAUUGGGAUUCAACUUAGUUUCAAUGAAGAGUCCUUGAAUAAUAAAGAUGUCCACUCUUUGUUUAAUUUCUCUGUGUUUUCUUCUUUGUCUAUACCAUCAUUCUCUUAGGUUGCGUUUGGAGAUCUAUUGAAAUGGAUAACUCCGAGGUAAAUUUCAUCAUGUAUUCAUGACAAUAAUGGUAAAAGGUGCGAGAUUUGAAAAUCUGAUAUGUAUACAGUGUAUUUUGCAACCAGCAGUGGGAAGAAGAAAGCCAAAGUGGUGCUUCUUUGGAUCCUACCUCAUUGAACGCAUACCAUUGGCUAAUAGAGACCUCCCACUGCAUUAUGUGCUAAAAGUUUAGAUCAUCAUUCAAUUAACAAUAUAUCAAGGCAGACAUUGGUCUCAAGUUGGAUCUAUAGCAAAUCCCACAAUUAGAUGUUUUUCUGUCCUAAAUAGGAAACACACGAUAUUGGGUUGAUAAAUAACCAUUGGAGGAAGUCAUAAUGAUGAUUAUCUUGAUGAUUGCAGGGCGUGCAAGGAGGGCCUCCACUUUGAACACAAAAUUGGUGCAAAUGGUGGAAAGAAGAAAAGUGUGAUUGGUACACCCCAUAAUCAUCUUUCCAGGUCAGAAUUAUAUGUGAUGUCGUUUCUUGCCCCAUAUGGUUAGAUAUGAGCUAAGCAUGAGUUCGGUUCAACUCAUGGAGUCAACUCCUUAUAAAGUCUUGUGAGUGUUACAUACAGCAAUUACGUUGCUUCCACUUGGAUCAGUAUCUCCGAUUCUAACUGUGUAUUUAAAGCAUGCAUGUAUUUUAGAUAACAACGUUUUUUUACUUGAUUUGUAAGCAGAAGGAAUGUAUUGAGAAUAUAUGAUUAAUUCAUAAUACAUAGAAAAUGAUGUAUACUUAAUCUCAUAUUUUUUAUGAGAUUUAGUAUCCAUAGUUCACUUAAUGUAGAAUUCAUGCAUUUCUUUUAUGUUUUCCGGUUUUCCAAACAAUGAAUUCUUAGAACUCACACAUUGUUGGUAUACACAUAAUCUUGAUAAACACAUUCUUGUAAUAUACAAAAUUUCCUCAAUCAAGACUCCUCAAGUUCUAAAGAUAUACUUGCACCCACUUUUUCAGAGGCAUCCUCUCAUUUCCUUGUUCUUGCUCUUCUACAUAAUUCAUGACGCUUAGCUUAACCUUGCCUUUAUAUUCUACUAGCAAGGCUGUGGAUGAUGGGAAUCAGAAUACCUCGAAAUCCCUCGAUCGGAUUGGCGGUCGGUUUCCAGUUAGUUGGUUUGUGACUGUGAGUCGAAUUGACUUGCAAGGUGGAAUCAAUCUUGGUUUUACCAAGUUGAUUGGUCUGAAGAAUAGUUUAUGUUGGAGUCUUUGUUAAGCUACUGUUUGAUGAUCUCGUCGUGGGUUGAUGAAAGCUUAUUUAGGAGGAAAGACGAUGAUUGUAUGGUUUGGGUCGAAUCAAACAAACUAUGUUGAGUAAAAAAUGAAUAAUGUG